CAAGACGAUAUCAAAAGCAAAAGCCGCGAAGAAGUAAAUAUGUUUCCGCUUAGAUGAACAACGAUUUAUAGCUAGCAAAACUUCGACUCACGCGGAGAGUUCGACUUUUGUGCCGAUAGUCCAAGACAAGCUUUAUAGACCAAGCACCCAAGAAGAAAUCUAACUUCAUCUAAAAAUUAAUUGAAUUCAUAGACUUUUAAUUUUCAAAGAGGAUGUUAAACAGAAUCUUUCCUCUGGGAUUCCCUACAUUUUUUCAGCCAUUUCCACUAAACUUGGAUGGACAGGGCCGGGUAAAUCAGCUAGGUGGUGUCUUCAUCAAUGGACGACCUCUUCCCAACCACAUUCGCCUCAAGAUUGUUGAAAUGGCGUCCCAGGGCGUUCGUCCUUGCGUCAUCAGCAGACAACUGAGGGUCUCGCACGGUUGCGUCAGCAAGAUACUCCAACGAUAUCAAGAGACGGGGAGCAUUCGCCCGGGGGUGAUCGGUGGGAGCAAACCUAGAGUUGCAACACCGCAAGUUGAGCGUAAGAUUGAAGACUACAAGAAGGAAAAUCCGGGUAUCUUUAGCUGGGAGAUACGUGACCGUCUUCUGAAAGACGGAGUUUGUGACAAGAUGAACGUCCCUAGUGUGAGCUCCAUCAGCCGCGUCCUCAGAAGUCGUCACAGGAGCGUUGAAGAUGACGGCAACGCGAGUGACGAGAACGACGUUACAAUAACCCCAGAUCAUUCAAUUGAUGGCAUUCUACGUAGUGAAAAAACAGAAUUGGAUUCUGACGUUGAUUCUGAUACCGAGUGUGAGCCUGGACUAAAGCUAGAAAGAAAGCAACGCCGGAGUCGUACAACAUUUACGGCAGAGCAGAUCGAGGUCUUGGAAAAGGCGUUCGAGAGGACACAUUACCCCGAUAUCUUCACAAGAGAGGAGUUGGCGCAGAGAACAAAGCUUACAGAGGCAAGAGUACAAGUAUGGUUCAGUAACAGACGGGCUAGAUGGCGCAAACAGGUUGGCAGUAGCCAGAUUUCUGCCCUGAAUGGCUUCUACCCCAGUAUGGGAAUACCUGGAAUGAACCUUCAAUAUCUGCCGACACCAGCUGAACCCAGUUAUACAUUUCAGCCACAAGAUACAAACAACAGUCUCUACCGGUCGGGGUCGCUACUAAACCAGCCACUGCCACGUCACACUUCGGAGAUGUUCCCCUCAUACACCGAACAGUACAUGACACAGGCGUCCGUGAGAAACAACGUUACGUCAGCUUCCAUGUGGGGUCAACUGAACCACUCCAUGCCCCAGUCCAACCAAGCGUCUCCACCAUACCCCGACCUGAAGACCUCUCUACACUCGUACACUGGCCAGUUUAGCUCGGGAAACAACCAUACUGCUGACGCCAGUACAGUUAAUACAGAUAGACUAUAUACUGCUGAUGUCAGCAUUGAAGCGUUACGUCAGAGAUCACGUGAACAUUCCGCCGCCAUGACGUCAAUGCUAGGAAACGAGGGUGCUCAAGUCCAAACAUCUUUGCCUGAAAGCUUUUGAACUGUUCAAAUAGAUAUCGCAUAUCGGUAUUGAAUAAGAUACCAGAAGUUCGCCUGAUAAUUUAUGGUUAAAAAACAUCGAUUGCGAUAACCAUCGCAUUAUCAUUCUUUGACGUGCACUUCUAUUUUGUAUUAAGCACUUAUUUAUAUUAAAUUCUAUUUUUAUUAAGCGCCAUUAUUGAGAACGUAUUAAGCGUAAGUACUUAAGGGCAAUUCUCAUUGUAUAUAUUGUAAAUAAUCAUGUGUAAAUACCAGUUUUUUUAUAUUAUGCAGUUGGUUAUCAGGUCAAUUGAACAAGUUAACUGGUUAAGUUGUAUUUAAUUAUAUUUGUAUCACUGAAUGAUGAAACAUUCCACGAAAACAAACCAAAUGCAGGUUUUAUUUAAAAUUAAUUAGUAAAAUUAGAACACUGCGUUGUAGGAAUAAGUAGCACCAUUAGCCAGUUAGCCAGCCCAUCAAUCAUCUGUAAAUAAUUUUGUCUGGUUAUGUUUAAUAUCGUCCAACCACAUUGUUUUAACAAAAUGUGCUAAUGGGGGGACUAAUAUAAAGGUUGUGAAGUCUGUAUUUGAUAUUACAUCAAAAGAGGGGUGAUAGCGAAAUUAUUCAAUAUCUUGACGAAUAUUGAUGCUUUUACCCGACCCCCAAUGGUAUCUGAGCAUUGUCCUUUAACCUAUUGGUAAUUUAAGUUCAGGUAAUUCCCGUGUCAUAGAGAAAUAUCGAUAAUAAAGACACUCUAAGUAUACUAAUGAGAUUGUGAUAUACUUAUGUCAGUGUUUCAAUUAUGAACUUUUGAAUAGCCAGAUACUUUCAUAGAUUACUUUUGUAGGUGAGAUGUUAUUACGCUAAAAGCAUUGUUCGGAUUUCAUCAAUACAAGAUAAUAAACUAUUAAUAAAGUACAAUGUCAG